UGUGUGUGUGUGUGUGUGUGUGUGUGUGUGAGAGAGAGAGAGAGAGAGAGAGAGAGAGAGAGAGAGAGAGAGAGAGAGAGAGAGAGAGAGAUGCGAAAGUCCAGGCGAGGUGGCACGGGGAAAGGCAGAGGAAGAAUGGUGCACUGCGGGGUCAAGGAAGUUUUUGAGGACGAGAAAGUUGUCAGGAUGAAAGUGAAGAAACUGGCUCAGAUUGUACGCACAAGCAAGUACACUGUGGUUUACACUGGAGCGGGGAUAUCUACUGCUGCUGGGAUUCCAGAUUUUCGUGGGCCUUCAGGCGUCUGGACAUUGCGUGCUAGGGGUGAACAAGUGAGCGAGCCUGACUUUUUGAAGAUGAAGCCGACAUUGACACACUGGGCUGUGAAGACUCUUUUGGAUAAAGGUUUUGCACAUCACGUCGUUUCUCAGAACAUCGAUGGACUGCAUCGCCGGAGUGGGCUGGCUGCGGACCAGAUCAGCGAAAUCCACGGCAAUGCAGCAUUGGAGACUUGCAUCAACUGCGGUGCAAGCUACCUGCGGCCGUUCAUGGUGUGGGGUGGCCUUUGUUCAGACUCAACUUUGAGCUCGGCUGCUGCUGCAGGUGCCCUCCAGGCAACGUGGACACCAACGCGGAGAAGAGGGAGGGCGAAAGGAGGGAGGAAACAGAGACAGCGCUCGGUGGUGUCUUCCACUGUGAAUGACUUGAAUGACAACAGGUUUGGCUUGGAAUCUGUCGAUGGUACAAUGACUGGGUAUUCAGACCAUAGAACAGGACGCCUUUGCGAGCAGGACGGUUGUGGAGCGGAGCUGCUCAACUCGGUUGUAAUGUUUGGAGAGCCUUUGCCAAAGGAGGCCCUGGAUGCUGCGGCGGAUCACACAGCACAAGCAGAUGUGGCGCUUGUCCUGGGGUCCAGUCUCAGGGUGGGCCCGGCGUGCGAUUUCCCUGUCCAGGUGUCGAAUAGGGGAGGAUCUAUGAUCAUUGUCAAUCUCCAGCAUACGCCGCUUGAUCGCAAAGCCAAGCUGGUCAUCCAUGCACGAUGUGAUCUUGUAAUGUGCUUGCUGCUUGAGGAGCUAGGGCUGCCACCUGUGUCAGAGGAGUUUACUGUGACAAGUGUUCCGGUCACACGCAAGAGGUCAACCAGGGUUUGCAAGUGCAGACCAUCCAUCAGGGCCUUGCCGCUGGAGGCGGAGGACGAAAAUGGGAACCCCAAAGAGCAACCCAGAAGUACUACCAGCAGUGGGAGCACGCCCAGGAGACACUCCAACUUGCCGCAUAAUGACGAGGAGGAGCCAGUCAGGCAUCAGAGGGGUUCCAUCUCUCAGAACGGGGGUUCCGAAGGACAACCCAGUAGUAGCAUGAGCAGCGACCCAACACACGGGAAAUCCUCCGGCUCGUUCUGUGAUAAUCGUGAGAAGGAAGUUACAGUGAGGCAUUGGGGGGAGUUUAUCUCUGAGCCGAGGCUUUCAUCACGAAGCUCUGAUGACGAAUGCACUGUGCUUCAGUCAGGUUGCAGGGAACUUCUGCCUGGUGAUUUGGAGGAGAGCCAGGGCAAGCUCCUGCCAGUGGACCUGAGCUCUGACGGUGAGUGCACACUGCUUCAGUCAGGUUGCAGAGAACAUCUGCCCGGUAACUUGGAGGAGAGGCAAAGCAAUCUUCUGCCAAUGGACCGGGUACAUGACGGUGAUGACCUGCAGGCAGGUUACUUUACCCCGACCUCCGAUGAGUAUCAGCCGGGUAAGUCAGACUGUCGUCGUAACGAGCGUUGGCAAGGUAACACGGAAGUAAGUUGCCGUGGGUCACAACAACUGCGGCCGCGGGAAUCGGCCAAGCGAGGUGUGCAAGGUAACACAGAAGUAAGUUGCCGGGGGUCACGACUACUGCGGCCGCGGAAGUCGGCAAAGCGAGGUAUGUAUGCAGAAAUGGGUGAAGACUCUGUCCAUUAUAGGGAUACCACAUCUGGGGAGUCUGAUGGGGAAUCGGCAGAGUCAAGGGAUGUUUCUUGCGAAGAAGAAACAUCCUGUCGAAUGGUGGAUUGUGGGAAUGACUGUAGUGUAUCUAGGGAUGGUUACGGUGAAUUGGAAGCUGUGUGUCAAGACGUCGGCGAUGAAGAGGUUGGGGACUUCAGGGAUGAAGGCCAAGGGCAGAAGAGCGCGAGUGUGUUGUUUCCUGCUGUAGAAUCGACUGAGAAAUUACGUCUUGGGGAGAAACAGAUGGGGGUAGCGUACACAAGUAGUCCUAACGGGGUUUUGAGAAGAAGCUCCGCAAGUGUGGUUGAUGGCUUUCAUCUUGUGCUUGCCGUAAGGCGGAAGAGAAGCAGGCGAGAGGACAGUAGUGGCACGCUCGCUGGCAAGAGAUGAUCUGUUGUCGGGAAGGGCGCAAACCGUCCACAAUUUUGUUUGUUCAAUAUUGAUCCCUAUUUUUACCUUUCCGUUGUCACUUCUCCCUCCCUUUUUGCCUUGUGCAUGCACCGGAUUGGGAAGCACAGGCACAGAUUCACACCUUGACCUGGAAGCCCACUGGUUGACGAGUUCAGUUGACUGGCCUUAAGUCAGCAGGCCACACUGUGUCAUGCACGCUGUUUGAAAUGCCAUGAUGUUGGUUGUGACCGACAUCCCGGUCUCUGAUGUAAAAAUCCAGCAUUGCGGUGAGCUUGUCACCGCCGUCG